GAUGCAGUGCGCGCUCUAGCGGCUCGCGCUCGCUGUUGUGUACGCGCCGACAGAGGAAGAUGGCGUCCGGCGUGAGGCAGGAGCUCGCGCAGCUGAUGAACUCCAGCGGGUCUCACAAAGAUCUAGCUGGGAAAUAUCAUCAAAUAUUAGAAAAGGCUCUUCAGUUUAUUGAUGCAGAACAACUUGAGGCACUGAAAGCAUUUGUUGAAGCGAUGGUCAAUGAGAACGUCAGCCUGGUCAUAUCCAGACAGCUGCUGACAGACUUUUGCACGCAUCUUCUAACCCUACCGGACAGCACUGCGAAAGCUGUGUGUCACUUCACCCUGGAGAAGAUCCAGCCCAGAGUCAUCUCCUUUGAAGAACAGGUGGCUUCGAUCAGACAGCAUCUAGCCACAAUCUAUGAGAAAGAGGAGGACUGGAGGAACGCAGCGCUGGUUCUUGUGGGGAUCCCGCUGGAGACGGGUCAGAAACAGUACAAUGUGGACUAUAAAUUGGACACUUACCUCAAAAUCGCCCGUCUGUAUUUGGAGGAUGAUGACCCAGUUCAGGCCGAGGCCUACAUCAACCGAGCGUCUUUACUUCAGAAUGAAUCCACCAAUGAACAGCUGCAGAUUCACUACAAGGUAUGUUACUCCAGAGUUCUGGAUUAUCGGAGGAAGUUCAUUGAAGCAGCUCAACGCUACAAUGAGCUUUCUUAUAAAUCCAUCGUCCAUGAGACUGAGCGCCUGGAGGCCCUGAAGCAUGCUCUUCACUGCACUAUACUGGCGUCCGCAGGUCAGCAGCGCUCUCGUAUGUUGGCUACACUCUUCAAGGAUGAACGCUGUCAGCAACUUGCCGCCUACGGCAUCCUGGAAAAGAUGUACCUGGAUCGAAUCAUUCGGGGAAACCAGCUGCAGGAGUUUGCUGCCAUGCUGAUGCCGCAUCAGAAAGCCACCACAGCCGACGGUUCAAGCAUCUUAGACCGAGCAGUCAUUGAGCACAACCUGCUGUCUGCUAGCAAACUCUACAAUAACAUCACGUUUGAAGAGCUAGGAGCUCUUCUGGAGAUUCCUCCUGCAAAGGCAGAAAAGAUAGCGUCUCAAAUGAUUACUGAGGGCCGCAUGAAUGGAUUCAUUGACCAGAUAGAUGGCAUUGUCCAUUUUGAAACGCGAGAGCCGUUGCCCACCUGGGACAAGCAGAUUCAGUCCCUGUGCUUCCAGGUGAACAACCUCCUGGAGAAGAUCAGUCAGGCAGCACCCGAGUGGACGGCACAAGCCAUCGAGGCCCAGAUGACCCAGUGAACUCUUCUGAACACUUUGCUUUCUCUUUUCUCAUUGGUCAAAACCCAAAAAACUCCCAUUGGACUUAAUUCAACCCAGCACAUAUAUAUUAAUGUUCUGUUGAACUUGACAUUUUGGCUUGUGAAGUUAAUAUUUUCAUAUUAAUGGUCUAUGAGUAUCCGAUGCUGAAUAAACACCGUGAAAAUUUC